UCGCAAUGGCAGCAUUCUUGGUGAUCGUUCUUCUGGGCGCGGCCGCGGCCAAGCCGCCGCCGUCUCUGCUGCGAAGACCACCGCCCUCCGUCCACGACGCCAAGUCUCUGGAGCCCGUGCCUUUUGACCAUGGGCUAGAAGUUGCACGCACUUCUCUGUCUUGUGGUGACCACGCGCUGGCGGUGGGCACGUACACCAUCACAUCACCGAACCAUCCUUCCAACUACGGAAACAACUACGACUGCGCCUAUAACCUGACGCCGGGGUCGGGCGCUGGAAGUCUUUCCAUCACUUGUUCCGCGUUCAACAUCGAGUCUCACAGCUCCUGUGCGUGGGACUGGCUGCGGGUGAACGGAAACAAGUUUUGUGGUACCCAAGGCCCCUCUGUCUCCGACAGCGCAUCACUGACCAUUGACUUCCAUGCCGACUAUUCGGUAGUCAAGACUGGGUACUCCUGCACCAUUACGGCCGCGUCCGCGCCCCCCUCGGACUCGUUGAGUUGUGGUGACCACGCGCUGGCGGUGGGCACGUACACCAUCACAUCACCGAACCAUCCUUCCAACUACGGAAACAACUACGACUGCGCCUAUAACCUGACGCCGGGGUCGGGCGCUGCAAGUCUUUCCAUCACUUGUUCCGCGUUCAACAUCGAGUCUCACAGCUCCUGUGCGUGGGACUGGCUGCGGGUGAACGGAAACAAGUUUUGCGGUACCCAAGGCCCCUCUGUCUCCAACAGCGCAUCACUGGCCAUUGACUUCCAUGCCGACUAUUCGGUAGUCAAGACUGGAUACUCCUGCACCAUUACGGCCGCGUCCGGGUCGGGGGCUACGACUCAGGCUCCCUCGGGCAGCUGCAGCUGCGGCGUGGCCAACCGCGCCUCCCGGGUGGUCGGCGGCGUCGAGACCGAGGUCAACGAGUACCCGUGGCAGGCAGGCCUGGUCAGCCCCGGCGGGACCCGCACCUGGUGCGGCGGCAGUCUCAUUAACGACCGGUACGUGGUGACGGCGGCCCACUGCACCAGUGGUAGCACGGCGUCGCAGAUCCAGGUGCUGCUGGGCGACCAUCGAAUCAGCGUCGUCGACGGUGAGUCGCGUCACACUGUCAGCCAGAUCAUCGAUCACCCGUCCUACGUGACGCACAGCCAGGGUUAUGACAUCUCGCUUCUGAAGCUGUCCAGUCCGGUGGCGUUCAACAGCCGGCGGGCGACCGUGUGCCUGCCGACCGCCGGCCAGACGUACGCCGGCGCCACAGCCAUCGCCACCGGCUUCGGCCGGCUCGGUGCCUCGCAGCCGCAGGCUACGGAGCUGCAGGAGGUCGAGCUGCCAGUCCGCUCUGAGGCUGAGUGCAGGACCUCGUGGAGCUUCGUCACCGGCACCAUGAUCUGCGCCGGCGGCCUGCCUGCUGGCGGCAAAUCCGUCUGCAUGGGCGACAGCGGCGGUCCGCUCGUCACGCUGGAGAACAACAAGUACGCCCUGAUCGGCGUCGUCUCGUUCGGCCGGCCGUGCGCCGUGGCGAACACGCCCGACGUCUUCGCCAGGGUGACAGCGGUGCUGUCCUGGAUCCAGAGCAGCACGACUGACGCCACCUACUGCAGCUAGAGUACGGCGGUCCGCCCGCCGGCCGGCCAGAGCUGGCGGGCGUCUCUGCAACUGCGCUUGCCUGACGUGCAUUUCGUCAAGAAUGAACGUAGGCCAUAGUUAUGGAGUCCUGUCUCGGUUAUAGCUGCCUUUCGUUUCACCGUAACAUGGAACACUUUUAUUUGGCGGAUUGAUUCACUAUUGUAGUUUAUUUAAUGUCACAAAUUGUCUUGAAAUAGGUUUGCUUGCUUGCUUCGCUAGCUUGUUGGGGUUCAGACAGUUUGAUAUAACCUGUAUCUAUGGCACCUUUCCUGUUGACGUUGGAAAUAUAAAGCUCAGCUUUA